GAACAGAUAUAUGAGUUCAGAAAAUCUUGAGUGGUUAUCUCAUCUUUCUUCCUUGAGAUACCUGAACAUGUCAGAAAUAGAUUUGUCAAAGGUUGUGAAUUGGCCACUAUCUUUAAGCAAGCUCACUUUACUGACAGAGCUUCAGUUAUCCCCGUGUUACCUUCCUAAUGUCAAUCUAAGAUCACUUUCCUUUAUUAAUUCUUCCACCUCUCUUCAACUCCUUAGCCUCUAUGGGAACUUUCUUAAUUCUUCAAUAUAUUAUUGGAUAGCCAAUGUCAGCAGCAACUUUGUCCAUAUUUAUCUCUCUUUCAAUAAUCUUGAAGGUCCCAUCCCAGAUGUCUUCACAAGCAUGCUUUCUCUAGUAACACUAGAUCUGUCACAUAAUCAACUUGAAGGUGGGAUACCAAAAGGCUUUCAAAACUUAUGCAGCUUAGAGUCGUUGACCUUAGACUACAACCAAUUGUCUGAAAACAUUGAGGACUCUGUUAAAACCUUGUCUUGUGCUGAGAACACACUUGACACCUUGGACUUGGGUGCUAACUGGUUUUGGGGGUCAUGGCCAGAUUUGAAACAUUUUUCGAAGUUAAGAGAGUUAUAUCUUGGCGCUAAUCAACUAAAUGGGUCUGUACCCGAGAGUGUCGGGCAACUCUCUAGCCUUGAAACAUUAUCUCUCUUCGGGAAUUCUUUGAGUGGUUUUCUAACAGAAGCCCACUUUUUGAACCUCUCUCGUUUACGGGUUUUGAGUCUUUUUGAUAAUCGUUUCUCUAUCAACUUUCAACUUACUGGUUCGUUAGAUAUGUCCUCUCUCAAGGUGGGCCCAGCUUUUCCCAAGUGGAUUCUAACGCAGACAAAUCUUACCACUCUUUCUCUCUCUAAUGUUGGACUAUCAGGAUCAUUACCUACUAAGUUUUGGGAUCUAUUUUCUGUCUUAUCUGAGUUAGAUCUCUCUAUGAACCAAAUCCAUGGGAAACUACCGAAUCUGUCAUCGACAAGCUUGAGUUAUGUUAACUUGUUUUCUAAUCUACUUUCUGGUGCAGUGCCAUCAUUUUCUCCUAAACUCAGGGAGUUGUAUCUCUCGAAUAACAUGUUUUCUGAGCCGUUGUCUUCCUUCUGUGCAACGCAGUCUCCAGAUUUAUGGGAUGUUGACAUUUCUAAGAACCUAUUGUCUGGGGAGCUUCCUAAUUGUUGGAUGCAAUUUCAAGAAUUGGGAGUGUUGAAUUUGGGAAAGAAUAAAUUAUCUGGAAAAAUACCAAGCUCGUUAGGCAGUCUACAGGGAAUUGGGAUAUUGCGUUUACAUGAUAACAACUUUUCAGGAGAAUUGCCUUCUUUAGAGAACUGUACCGGUUUAUGGAUGGUUGACCUUGGCAACAAUAACCUGUCGGGAAAGAUACCAACAUGGAUUGGCCAAAGCCUAACAAACUUGGUGAUUCUACGCUUACGGUCAAAUGAGUUUAAUGGAAUCAUACCCUUCUCCCUGUGCAGUCUAGCUGCCAUUCAUGUUUUGGACCUCUCUCACAACAAUAUUUCAGGAGGCUUGCCACAUUGCUUCAAUAACAUAACCGCAUUGGCUAAUAAUGAUACUGGAAUUGGUGAAAUUAUAGAACUUGUGUGGAAAGGAAUAGAAAGAGAGUUUCCCAAUCUUGACGGUAUGAGAAGCAUUGACAUUUCAAGCAACUAUUUGAUUGGGGAAAUUCCGCCAAGUAUAGCAAGUAUGACAGAGUUGAUUUCUCUGAACCUGUCUAGAAACAAAUUGACGGGAAAGCUUCCUGAAGACUUUGGUAACAUGAAGAUGUUGGAAUCUCUUGAUUUGUCAAGAAACCGGAUAUCUGGUAAAAUUCCUACAAGUUUUGCAAGCUUAAACUUUCUUAGUGUCUUGGACUUAUCAUACAACAACUUGUCAGGAAGAAUUCCAUCAGGCACCCAACUUCAGGGUUUUAAUGCUUCUCAAUAUAUGGGAAAUCUUGGACUUUGUGGACCACCGCUGACACCAAAUUGCUCACGAGAUGGAGCAACUCAAGCUGAUGAUAACAAAGAACAUGAUAAUGAUGGUCUCAUAAGCCUGGGAUUUUUUAUCAGUGCUGUGCUGGGAUUCGUCACUGGAUUUUGGAUGGUCUGCGGCAGUUUACUGCUUAAGACUUCUUGGAGAUAUGCAUAUUUCAGAUUCCUGGACAAUGCAAAAGAUUGGAUUUAUGUCAAAACCGCUGUGUACAAGGCAAAAGUGCAAAGGAGACUUCAAAGAUAAAUGGAGAUUCUGGCAUUCAGGGAAAAUUAGGCUCAUAAUUAUCCCGGAAGUGGAAAAAUUCAAGGCUUAAUGUUGAGGGUUUUCAGAUGUCGUUGCUUUCUCUUUCAGCAAGAAAUAAAUAUUAUGCUUGUUUCUCUUGAGAAAUGUGUAUGAAUAAUGGAUUGUAUGUAGUAUGAGCUGGUAUAACUUUUGAUUCCAUGCAACAAGACCUCUAUUUAGCUUCCUAAUCUUUCUGGCUGUAAUUUAAACCUAUCUUUCUCGAUUGAUUUCAAAGUAAUUAGCUGCAAUUAUAUAUUGUUCCAUUCCAGAGCAUUUCAAUUCAUCUAUUCCAAUCUAACUUGAUCAUGUUUGUGUUAUUCAA